ACCCGCGCGCGCUCUCUUCUCGCCGCCGGCGUCGUCCUAGUCGGCUUGGUCGGCGUCGCUGUCCUCGCCGCCGGGGAUGACGAGCAGUUCGUGUACUCGGGCUUCACCGGCGUGCCGCUGGCCCUGGACGGCACGGCCGUCAUCACGUCCUCGGGGCUGCUGGAGCUGACCAACGGCACGGCGCAGCUCAAGGGCCACGCCGUGCACCCGGCGCCGCUGCGGUUCCGGCGGUCCCCCGGCGGGCCCGUGCGCUCCUUCUCGGCGUCGUUCGUGUUCGGCAUCAUCCCGGCCUACGCUGACCUCAGCGGCCACGGCAUCGUCUUCUUCGUCGGCAACAACAGCUUCUCGACCGCGCUGCCCAGCCAGUACCUCGGCUUCCUCAACGACACGAACAACGGCAACGCCAGCAACCACAUCUUCGGCGUCGAGCUCGACACCAUCCGGAGCACCGAGUUCAACGACCCCAACGACAACCACGUCGGCAUCGACAUCAACAGCCUUAAUUCCGUCAACGUUAGCACCGCCGGCUACUACAACGACGGCACCGGCGCGUUCCACAACCUGAGCCUCAUCAGCGCCAAGGCCAUGCAAGUCUGGGUGGACUACGACGGCGAGACCACUCAGAUCAACGUGUUCCUGGCUCCCCUCAAGAUUGCCAAGCCUUCCAAGCCUCUGGUCUCGGCCACGCAGAACCUCUCCGACGUGCUCGUGGACCCGGCGUUCGUGGGCUUCUCAUCAGCAACAGGCACGGUCAAGUCGCUCCACUACGUGCUCGGCUGGAGCUUCGCCAUGGACGGCCCUGCUCCGGCCAUCAACAUCGCCGGCCUCCCCAAGCUCCCAAGGUUCGGCCCCAAGCCACGGUCCAAGGUCCUGGACAUCAUGCUGCCGAUCGCCACCGCUGCGACCGUCAUCGGCAUCGUCGCCGUCGUGGUCGUCCUCGUCCGGCGGCGGCUCAAGUACGCCGAGCUCCGAGAAGACUGGGAGGUCGAGUUCGGGCCGCACCGGUUCACCUACAAGGACCUCUUCCGCGCGACGGAGGGGUUCAAGAGCAAGAAGCUCCUCGGCAUCGGAGGAUUCGGGAGAGUAUACAAGGGCGUGCUCCCGAAAUCAAAGCUCGAGGUCGCCGUCAAGAGGGUGUCACACGAAUCGCGGCAGGGGAUAAAGGAGUUCGUCGCCGAGGUCGUCAGCAUCGGCCGUCUCCGGCACCGGAACCUCGUGCAGCUGCUCGGCUACUGCCGCCGCAAAGGCGAGCUCCUCCUGGUCUACGACUACAUGCCCAACGGCAGCCUCGACAAGUACUUGUACGGCAAGGAGGAGAAGGCCACGUUGGAUUGGGCGCAGAGGUUCCGGAUCAUCAAGGGCGUGGCGUCAGGGUUGCUGUACAUCCACGAAGAUUGGGAGCAGGUCGUCAUCCACCGAGACAUCAAGGCGAGCAAUGUCUUACUUGACAGCGAGAUGAACGGACGGCUAGGUGACUUUGGUCUCGCGAGGUUGUAUGACCACGGAGCUGACCCCCAGACCACCCAUGUCGUCGGCACCAUGGGGUACCUUGCCCCGGAGCUGGCACGAUCAGGGAAGGCGUCCCCUCUCACCGACGUGUUCGCCUUCGGCGCCUUCAUCCUCGAGGUCGUCUGCGGCCGGAGGCCCGUGGAGCAGAGCAUGGCGGACAACCGGCUGAUGCUGGUGGACUGGGUGCUCGACCACUGGCAGAACGAGUCGCUGGCCGAGGUCGUGGACGCGAAGCUCGAGGGGAGCUACGACGCCGGCGAGGCGACGCUGGCGCUCAAGCUCGGGCUCCUGUGCUCGCACCCGCUGCCGGGGGCGAGGCCGAGCAUGCGGCAGGUGAUGCAGUACCUCGACGGCGACAUGCCGUUCCCCGAGCUCACGCCGGCGCACCUCAGCUUCAGUAUGCUGGCCCUCAUGCGGAGCGAAGGGUUCGACUCCUUUGUCAUGUCGGCGUCGCAUGCGUCGUCGACGGCGAUGAGCAUCGGGACCAUGACGGGACUCUCUGGAGGGAGAUAACAUUUGCAUUGUGCUUUUUUUUCGGAUAGUAUUUUGCCUUGUGCUGUUAGAACGUGAGUGAGGAUGUACAUCGGAUGGCACCAAUAGUCUUCUGUAAGUUGCCUGAUGUAAGCUGGAGGAACAAAAUUUCGGUACAUACUACAAGAACAACCAAUGAUGGAGUAUAGCAAUGAUCACUUGAUGAGACA